UCUAUGGGUUGAAGUGUUUUUUGUCUUCUAGUUUGAGUCCUGCACGAUGAAGAUCGUCACCUGGAAUAUAAACGGCAUCAGGACUUUCAAAGGCGGCAUAAAAAGCGCUCUCGACUCGCUGGGCGCAGACAUUGUCUGUGUUCAAGAGACGAAGGUGACAAGAGAUCUGCUGGACGAAAGGACUGCGAUUGUUGACGGAUACAAUUCAUAUUUCAGCUACAGCCGGGGACGCAGCGGCUAUUCAGGUGUUGCCACCUACUGUAGGGACAGCUCCACCCCGUUUGCUGCAGAGGAGGGUCUCUCAGGUCUGCUGACCAACCAUGAAGGGGCUGUCGGUUGCUACGGAGACCUCUCUGAGUUUUCAAAUGAAGAGCUGCAGCUUUUGGACAAUGAAGGGCGAGCAGUCAUCACACAACACAAAAUCAUGUGUCAGGGCGAAGAGAAAACCGUUACUGUAAUUAAUGUAUACUGUCCACGGGCUGACCCUGAAAAGCCAGAGAGAAAGCAGUUCAAACUUCACUUCUACAAGCUCCUUCAGAGUAGGGCGGAAACUAUACUGAAAGAGGGGAGCCAUGUGAUUGUUUUAGGAGAUGUGAACACGUCUCAUCGGCCAAUAGACCACUGUGACCCCAGUGACAUUGAUGAUUUUGGUGAAAACCCUGGGAGGAAAUGGCUGAACAGUUUUUUGCACAGCAGUGAACAAGAAGACGACCACAGUGAAAAGCAAUCUGAUGAAGAAUUUGAGCUUUUGAAUCCCAACCAAAAAGGAAAAUUUGUAGAUACCUUUCGGUAUUUCCACCCGACCCGUCACAACGCCUUCACGUGCUGGUCAACUCUCACUGGGGCACGGCAGACCAACUAUGGCACACGCAUCGACUAUAUCUUUGGGGACCGCCAGCUGGCCAAGGAGCAGUUUGUGGCGGCCGACAUCAUGCCGGAGAUGGAGGGCUCGGACCACUGUCCUGUGUGGGGGAAACUGAGCUGCUCUGUUCUUCCUUGCUCCAAGCCCCCGCCUCUCUGUACUCGCUACCUGCCAGAGUUUGCUGGCAAACAGCAGAAGCUCUCUCGCUUCCUUGUUAAGGUGGACCAAAAAUCAGUUCAGCCGGCCCAGAUGAAAGUCUUACCCGGAUCUCAAGAAGAGGAGGAAAGACGGGAGAAUUUAAACCCGUUUGGAGCUGAAAAAAAAACCUUGGCUCCAAACGGCAAGAAACGUUUAACAUCAGACUUUUCUGCCCCAAAGGGGAAAAAGACAAAGACAGUAAACAGCUCUUUAAAGCCUCAAGGCAACCUCCUUUCCUUCUUUAAACCAAAAGUCGGAAAUGUUAAGCAGUGUGACAAAGCGCUAGAGGAAGUUACCUCAUCACACAGUGUUCCAAAAGUAUCUCCAAAUAGUGACUUGGGUUCAGUCGGUGCCUUAAAAGCUGAAGGUACUGAGGUGAUUUAUCCCGGUUCAUCCCAGUUGUGCACCAGUAGCACCACAGUGGAAAUGGACAACCUGGUUCAGACAAAACACUUGACCCCUCGGGGGAACGGGGGACACUCGGAGGUCAAGAACGGGGCAUCAGUGUUUUGGAAGUCGGUGCUUCAGGGUCCCCCCCGGCCCCCCCGCUGUAAGGCCCACGGAGAGCCCUGCGUGCUUCGUACUGUAAAAAAAGAGGGUCCGAAUAUGGGGAAGCAGUUCUUUGUAUGUUGCCGUCCUCAGGGACAUCCUUCCAACCCUGAGGCGCGAUGCAAUUUCUUUCAUUGGGUUGAGAAGGAAAAGUGACAAGUGUUCUGUACAGGCAAGAGGUUGUUCUUGCACUUCUAAAAGGUGUUGAAGCUCUCAUCAUUUUGCAGAUUUCUGUCAUACCUUUCUCCUUUGAUAAAUAAUAAAAUA